UGCCCCAUAACGACACUCGUUGUUUAUCUUACUCCAGACUAGUACACCAAGUAGUAGUUGUACUAUCCGUUAUUGUUGUGUGUCUACACGUCGUAGGUGUGCUACCUCAAAUCCGUCGUUAUUAUACAACCACAUCGUGUCGUUGUACUACCUCAAAUGCGUCGGAGUUCUGUUACUUAACGUCGUAGUUAGUCCAGGCCAGUACACAUCCUAGUUGCCUUCUUACGUCGCCGUUGGAGCUCUCGCCGCGGCACUAAAAGACCUCGUUUCGGGGCCAACGCGGCGCCUCCGGGGGCCGGACGACAUUCUCGACGGUCCCGGUGGAGCGUCGGCGACGUCGGACCGUGGAGGAGGACGAAGAAGAGGCCGGUGGCGGUGGCAGGGCGUCAAAAUGGCGGCCGACGAGGGUGCGCAGUAACACGUCGUGACGUAAGAGCACACGGACCGACAGAUUUACAGACGCCAGCGCGGAGCACGCUGCUAGCCUAGCCGCGGUUGGGACACCCAAGCAAGCAAGAUGUCGACCGAGCACAAAUGGCGUAAAAAUGGCCGUUAAGUGGGUCGAGGUCACAGCAUCCGCGCUGUAGAAGAAGCCUUUAACCGUGUGGAAGGAUGUUUAUGAGGCGCCUGGUAAGACAUACAAAACGCUAAAUGGUUCCAUCCCUUAGACGUGUGGGAUGUGUCGAUGGCCUCUAAGACGCAGCAGGAAGUGAUGGUGCUUGACAUCGGCGGGGCGGCCAGCCCUGCAGCCGCCCCUGACUCCAACUAUCCGCCUCGCCGCUUUGGUCAGGCUGGCCGAGUCGUACAAGGCUCAAAUGGAAGUUACAAAGUGGCGACUGUGACUGGUGAAGCCGACAUGCAAUCAAAAACAUCCAGCGGCAGACCCACAAAACUUCCCCGGGAGGAUCUCCUGACACCUGAGAGCACCCACAGAGGCAUCCAAGUGACUUUGGACAACAACAACAUGUGGAACGAAUUCUUUAGGUGUAAAACCGAGAUGAUUCUGACCAAGCAAGGCAGCAGGAUGUUUCCAUAUUGUCGCUUCCGUAUCUCGGGAUUGCAGCCGUCCAGGAAGUACGUUUUAAUUAUGGACAUUCAGCUGGUAGACCAGAGUCGUUACAUGUGGACUGGCACCAGCUGGAAGGUGGCUGGGAAGGCAGAACGUCACGUGACAAGUUCGCCGUUUGCGCAUCCCGAGUCACCUUCCCCGGGUCACUACUGGAUGCAGAAUCCAGUUUCUUUUUACAAACUGAAGCUCACCAGCAACAUGGCCGACCAGGAAGGCAACACUAUACUGCACCCAAUGCAUCGCUACUUGCCACGUUUACACGUGGUCCAGACGGAGAAAGCUGCUAAAGACAUUAAGCUCAAUGCCUCAAAUGUUGCGACGUUCACAUUUCAACAGACUGAGUUCAUGGCUGUCACUGCGUACCAGAACUGCCAGUUUUCCCAGCUGAAAGUCCACUACAACCCGUUUGCCAAGGGUCUCAGAGAGGAGGGGGUUGGUUCACUAGGCCCGAAGCUGAAAUCCAACCCAGAUGGAGCUGCAGCAACCAGUCAGCAGCAACCGCUAAAGAAAAGCUUGAAGUCUUUGCUUGCAAAUCAUAAAGCUCGAAGCUCCCUGGACACAAAAUCUCCGGCGAGGGCUUGUGUCCAGGAAGCAUCCUCUGGAUCUUCACCCAGAGUUAUGACGAACAGUAUCUGCAACUCACGGCCAGCAGAAAAAUUAAUUGGGGACAUCAUUCGAGAGGCGCACAUUUCCCUGACAAGAUGCAACAUGGACUCUUUAAGCGCCUCACAAAGACUUGUGCAAACAAACACUAAAACCACUGCAGGAAAAGCCAAUAGCCAAGAUGUUCACAAUGCAGACAAGAAGUCUACAAAGUCCUCUAGUGAACCUCCACCACAGGGAAAGAGUGGCGCUGCGCAUAGUGUGGUCGUUUCUGAGGCUAAAUGUCAGUCCGAGGUCCAGGUCAUGCCCGGUGUUAAACGUCCUCUUCCUCUGCCAGCCCUGGCUCUGUUCCUAAAAAAGCAUUCCACUAAGACCAAGACCGUCAAGAGCAAAUUGGAAUCUGCCUCCAUGCAAAUUCCCGCAGAGGUCCAAACCAGAACAGGGACAGCUUCAGCUAAUCAGGAUGGCAGCAUAAGUGAAAUCAUAAGUGAAUCAGACCAAAUGACUGCAAAUGUCUUGGAAAAAGAAUCUUUUCAACAUAUCUCUAUUCUAUCCUUUGAAGACACGGCGGCUUCUCCAGAAGCAAUACGAUCAAGAACUAAUGAUCAUGUACUGGUGAGCCCAGCUCCUGAGCCAGAAAAAACAGUGUUCCCUGAGGUUGAGGAGCCACUUGGUAGCCACAAGACUUUUAUUUGUUCCACUCUACCCACCUCCCCUUCAUCUCCUGUUUUGUCUCCACUGUUGGACACGGAAUUAGAUGCUCCACACGUGCCAACUGCCAUGUCCUCAGAGUCUAAGUGUGGUGAUUUCCUUUCUGAUACACCCUGUUCACCUUUUGGCUUUGAGUCUUUGUCCCCUGCAAGUUCACCGGAUCCACUACCUUCUCUACCUCCCACCUUCGCAUUAGACCUGGAUUCUGCCCCCUCCAAGCCUUCCGAGAGUUUGCCGCUAAGCAAAGACUCUGCCUCGUCUGUCUUUAAGUGGCAUACAGUGUUACCUCUUCCUGAGCCCUACGUACACCCUUCCUUUGAAGUGUUCCAGCCCACAUCACAGAGUCUUUCACUGGGGUCCACUUUGUUGCCUUCCCAAACUCUUGCCGAUGUUCCAUCGCAGUCGUCUGAACUUGUCCAUUCGGAUCCCUCCGCUGUCGAUUCUCUUUCCUUUCAAGAGAGUGAGCAGCCGCUGCCUUUUCCGGGAGAACUGUCUCCCCUCACACUUCCGUUGACACUCUCACCAACAUUCUCUUCUUUGGACGGAGACGCUUUGUCGCCCAUGCCUUCCAUUGCAGACCUAGUGCACUUUUUUUCUACGGAGGAGCACCUUGGAAUGGGGGUGGAGUUUCCAAACACGGAUUUGCCAACACCUCCCUGCCCGCCCGAUGUUUCUGGAGAAGCUCAUGGAUCAGCACAUCCUGCGCAUGUCCCAAUGGUCCCGUCCCCAAAACAUUUGAAGGGCAAAAAGAAGGUUCGUCGGCGAAAACCUGCCAUAUCCGAUUUGGAACAGAAGACUGACGACUCUGCCUACACGACCAUGAAGCCUAACCUGGAAGAAGUUGAGGAGCAGCUUUUUAUCUCCUUCACAUCAAAGGAGGCUCUCAAACUUCAUAUCGCUGAUAGCGACGCGCAAGAAGCAAACAGCCAGCUUGCGUCAUCACCGUCAGAUGUUCACCUGCAGCAGUCGACCGAAGAAAACACCCACGAAGACACAAUUGCUGCCCUUGAGCAAGUACUUCUCAAAGACGUGAAGAUGAUGAAGCACCAGCAGAUCAUCCACCCGGUGCUACAAGAAGUUGGACUGAAGAUGAAUCUGCUGGACGCCAGUCUGUCCAUCGACCUCCAGUACCUGGGUGUCCGUCUGCCCAUACCUCCUCCGGGAUCCACCCUGCAGCCCCCUAGCCAGGAGCUGCCGCCGUUACAGGGCACUUCUGGAUCUUUUGUGUCGAGAACCGGAAAGACUACAGAUGUAACGCAGAUUAAAGGUUGGAGAGAAAAAUUCAGUCCAUCGGAACCUUCAGUGGCCCCUUCACCCCCCAAGGCCGAAGUGUGCGUCAGCUCGGAGCAGCCCAAGAAGAACUUGUCGGCAUUCUGCAGCGACAUGCUGGAUCAGUACCUGGAGAGCGAGGCCAAGCUGAUCGACCAGCGCGUGGCCAGCUUCUCCCAGCCGUCGGCGGAUUCACUGCCCAUCUAUGAGCUUCCCGCCAGCAGCAGCAGCUACGUUCGCACGCUCGGCAGCGUCCUCAAGAAGCAAAGCGCCGCCUCGCCCGCCUCGGACCUCAUCUCUGGUUUUGUCCCGCCUUCUAAGAGAGCCAAAGCCCCCAUCAGGCAGUUCAAGGCCUCCAGGAAACUUGAGAGGAAGCAGAAGACUUCCAAACCUGUGGCGAAUCCUGGUCUGGCGCCGUCUUACCCAACGGUCCCCACCUCGACAGAUGCCCCCCAGCUCCCAGCACCCCUCGCAGAACCUCCAAAACCAAAGAAAACUCCCCCCGCAGUCCGCCCUAUGGAAAGCACCCUAUUCUCCUCCACCGCUCAGUCUCCUCCCCUCGAAAGGAAGAAGAGACUCAAACGUAACAUAAACGCCCCCCUGCAGUCUCACUCUGGAGAGGACGGUGCGGACCUAACGGGUUCCCUGAAACCGGCACUGACCCGAGGUCUGCUGAGGCAGAAAGGCCUGGAGGAUGACGCCGUGUGGGGCGGGCAACCUCGCACCUUCGUCACGGAGGAGAGGGCCUCCAUUGCUCUGACGUCGCUUUUCACCUUGAAGGGUUUUGUGAGCGACAAUCCCACCGCCCCCAUCCUGCUGCCCCGCAGGCCGGAACCCGCCUGCCUCAACGACUUCUGCCGGCUGGGCUGCGUCUGUUCCAGCUUGGCCUACACGGCCCGGGUCAGCCACUGCGGGCGGCCGCAGUGCAUGCUGGGAUGCAGCUGCCUCAAGCAGAAGGUGGUUCUGCUCAAGAACCUGGACGGCUCCGAUUCCAGCCCCUCAAGCCACGGCGGCAGUAAGAGGAAAAAGAGAAAGCGGAUGAAGAUGGCCUACAUACUUAAGGAGGCCGACAGCGUCUCUCAGCCUGCUGAACGUGUCCGGACGCUCUGGAAUAGGGACAACCGAGACUCUGACCUGGAGCAGACCCAUGUCUCAGAAGCUUCCUCCAUUUCCCCCUGCAUCGCCUUCACUGGAAUAUUGCCAAAGAAAACCGGAAAGGAUGCCAGCAGCUGUGCCCGAGUGAGAAGAUUUGUAGGAAAGUCUGGAACAACGCAGCAGGUCAGAGCUGACCCAGUUAAGAAGUCCACCCACCAAACGUCCAGUGACUCCUCCAGCAUCUUCGUCCAGAAGCCGUACAGGAAGCCCAAACGUUGCAAGAAAGUCAGAACUCUGCGACCAGAAGGGAAGCCACUUGAGCCAGCGGCAUCCAUUUCACCUCAGCCAGCGCCAUCCAGUCCACCUAGGCUGGCGCCGUCCAGUCCACCUCAGUGCGUUUCAGAGGAGUCAAGGCCAUCGAGACGUCUGACCAUCCUCACCGAGUGUCGUUGGAAGUGCGACGAAGACCGUGAUCACGUGCUGAAGACGCUGUGCGAGGCCAUGGCCCAGGACCGACUGGACAAGGUCUUCUGGACUAGGAAGUACCAGAUCAAUCCCAUCAGUCAGACGGUGGAGGACAACAGCACCAUCCACUACAAAGUCCUCAUCAGCAAACGAGAUGAAGCUCAGCAGGACAAUCACACAAUGCAGGAGGUAGAGCCUGUGGAAGCCUGGCAACGUGAGGUCACGGAGGAGGACUUUGUGGAGGACUGGCCUCAAGAGCUUAACGAACGUAACACGGAAGAGGAGUCGGCGGCCUCGCAUGAACAGGUGCAUGCUGGGAGUGAGCAGACGGACAAGAGGCAGAGCAGCGUCCAGAUGGGUCUGCCCUUCCUCAGUGGAGUUUCCACUGCCGGCUUCCUGUCGGCCGGCAAAAAGCUGCCAGGUGGCGGGAACUCCAUCCAGGUGAACGGGAAAAUGUAUCCUUUGGCCAAGAUCCAGUUGGGCGAGAUGGGGGCGCUCCAUCCUGCCAACCGUCUGGCGGCGUACCUGACGGGCCGCGUAGCGGCCACAAGGAAGCAAGGGGCUCUUCCAGCCUUACCCGAGCCCCAACGGAUGUCUUCGCCCUUCUCCGUGCUGACUUGCCCAACCGCCACCUCCACGCCAACCGCCGCCGCAAUAGCACCAGCCACCUCCACAUCAACCACCACCUCCACGUCAACUGCCACCUCACGGGCACCAACCACCCUCACACCAACCACCACCUGCACGCCAACCGCCGCCUCCACGCCAACCGCCACCUCAAUAGCACCGGCCACCUCCACAUCAACAACCACCUCAACGGGACCAACCACCAUCACACCAACCGCCGCCUCCAUGGCACCAACCACCUCCAUAUCAACCACCACCUCCAUGUCAACUGCCACCUCCCAGUCAACCACCACCUUCACGUCAUCCGUCACCUCCACAGCAACCGCCACCUUCAUGUCAGCCACCACCUCCACGGCAAACGCCACUUUCAAGUCACUCGCCACCCCCACGUCAACUGUGACCUUCACGUCAACCGUCACCUCCUCAGCAACUGCCACCUCCAAGUCACCUGCCACCUCCACAGCAACCGCCACCUCCAAGACAACUGGCACCGCCACACCCGCCCCCGCCGUCACUUACAUCUUCGUCCCACCGCCACCAUCAGGGUCCUCAAUGGUUCCACUUCCGCGCCCCCGCAUCACGAUUCCAGGCCCACCGCGCCACCAGGUGCCCACCACCUCUGCCGUCAGGAUGAUUCUGCGGCAGGUGCAAAGCACAUCAGGCGUUCGCUACUACCGCAGACCGGACGGCAAACUGGUGCAACUGAUCCCUGUCAGCCAGCUGAGAGCAACCACCCCCGCCAAGGCCGGUUCCAAGAAGCCGUCCGUCCUCACGGCUUCUUCUCUCGCGGCUCCUGCGAGUAGCAUCGCCGGUCCAAUGCUGCCAAGCUCUGCCUCCAGCCUCUCUGGCUUCAAGUCUUUCACGGUGAACCGUGUCUCUGUCCCAGUCCGCUCGGAUUCUACAUCCCUGGGUCAGAACACCAUCACCCACAGAAUUAUUUCCACCACAUCCGCAAAAAAUCCCGUCCCCGGCCAGGUGACCGCCCCGGACCUCGUCAUCUCGGAAGUCCGCAGCGUGCAACCGGAGAGCAAACCUGUGACCCUCCUGAACGUUCCGAAAGAUCCAACCACGCGGCUCUCCGGUGGGACUCCUAUGGAGUCAGAAGUCACAACCGCACCACCUCCUUUGUCCACGUCACCGGAGCCCGCCAUGGACCUUGCAGACCUGGAUGUGGUCUGUAUUGUGGACGACGUGGGCAUGCAGGAGCCCAAGCACAUCAUUGAGGAGAUCAACCUGGUGGACUCAUCCAGCGACGAGACGGAUCACUCGUCCGACUUCACGGACGAGUCCAGCGGCCAAGAGAAAGGCCACCACUCUGUGGACAAUAAACAGGUCCAUAAUGCCUUGGCGAGGGUGCAGCGGCAGAAGAUGUCGCGGAUGGUUGCCGAGUUGAGGAACGAACUCCAUCUGGAGGAGGUCGUAUCCACCGCUUCCACGUUGCAUGAGGUAUCGGCAUUUGCACCAAGAGAAGCUACUUUAGCCACCUGUGUUUGGUUUCAGGCUGUCCAGGUAAUUGAGGAGCUCAGAGCCACCGAGAAGCGUCUGAAGAGGAAAAAGAUGUUGCUGAUCAGGCAGCGGGAGCGCCUGAUGGCCGUCCUCGUUCCCUCAGCGCGUGACUGCGGCGGUAACAGCUCACAGACAGGAAGUCAAGACAGCGUGAAAGAUGAUGACGCCGAGAAGACAAAUCACGCCAAUAGAAGCGACAGCGACCCCACCGUCGUUCCGGGCCCUCCCUCGCCCGAGCCGCGCCCGACAUCGCCGGCGACCGCCGCCUCCGGUGGCCGGCCGCCCGGUCGGCGGUCAGAAGCCUCUUCCGGCGACGACGUCGUAUUCGUAUCCUCCGUUCGGAAGCUUCCCGACGAACAAGCUCCUCCCGCCCCCGGCCCGGUCGCCCCGCCCCCUCCCUCGCCGAAGCCCGCGGCCGUCGAGCCGCCCGCCGCCUCCCGCGGUGCGCCGGGGGUGAGGAGUCGCCCCAAGACGAUGCCCAACAUCCUGUCCCGCUGCAAGACCCUCGGCCCCCCACCUGUCGUGAGCGGCGACCUCGCCAGCUUCCAGGCCAUCCUGCCCGCUGAGCUUCUGUCGGUUGUCGGGGCCGCGUUGCCGGGGCAACCCUUCCUGACGCUGACCCCGCUGAUGGCGCCGCCGGAGUCCCCGUCUUCUUCUGCGGCGACAGGCACGGCAACGGUCACUCUGAGCCUGCCCUGUCUGACCGAUGAGCACGCGGCGAUCCCCCCGGUUCCCGCCGCGAUGUCGCUGCCGGCUCCGCCCCCGGGUUCGCCGGCCCCUCUCUCCCCCGUCCCCGCUGAGAACCGCCUCUCCUCCGGGGAUGAGGGUUCGGGCCUAAACGGCCACGCGCCGGUCCCUCCCCCCCUGCUGCUCGCCGAGACCACGGCACCCGGUGGCGCGGCGCCUCAUGGCGAGGGCGUGUCGUGGAGGCCCAUGCCCAGGUUGGUUCCGCUGGGCCUGCGCGGGGCGCCGCCCACGUGAUGACGUCGCGAGGAUCGGACGCUCUGCUGUUGCCUUGGCAACCGUUCACGGAUACUUUGUUUGUUUGUUCCAAAAGUUUAUUUUUCUACGUUGUAAUUACAAAAUGGACUUCUGCAACACUAAUUUAAAUAAAGUUGACCACAUUUAUUUUA